GCCGCUUCACGACGCGGGAGCGGGGGCAGGGCAGGAUGGACUCCCGUUUCACCCGCGGCAAGUCCCCCGUUCUGGAGCGGGCGCUGGGCCGGCCGCGCUCGGAGCUGUCGCUGGCGGCCUUCGCGCUGCUCUUCUCGGAGCUGGUUCAGUACUGCCAGCGCCGCGUGGCCUCGGUGGCCGAGCUGCAGGCCCGGCUGGCCCGGCUGGGCCACCACGUGGGGCUGCGGGCGCUGGACGCGCUGGUGGCGCGGGAGCGGCCGGGGCGGCGCGAGACGAAGGUGCUGGGGGUGCUGCUGUUCGUGAAGGGGCCGCUGUGGCGGGCGCUGUUCGGCCGCGAGGCCGACAAGCUGGAGCAGGCCAACGACGACGACAGGACCUUCUACGUGAUCGAGCGGGAGCCGCUGGUGAACACGUUCGUGUCGGUGCCGCGCGAGAACAGCUCGCUCAACUGCGCCGCCUUCGCCGCGGGGCUGCUCGAGGCCGUGCUGGGCGCCAGCGGCUUCCCCGCCCGCGUCAGCGCCCACUGGCACAAGGGCACCACCCUCAUGAUCAAGUUCGACGAGGCCGUCAUCGCCCGCGACAAGAGCCUGGAGGGGCGCUGAGGGGCCGGGGGGAUGUCAUUGUCAUCGUUAUUGUCAUCAACGUCAUCAUCGUCAUCGUCCAUGACAAGAGCCUGGAGGGGCGCUGAGGGGCCGGGGGGUGUCAUUGUCAUCGUUAUUGUCACCAUCAUCAACAUUGUCAUUGUCCAUGACAAGAGCCUGGAGGGGCGCU